AUGGUCUCUUCACUACCAAGUGCUGCGGGGAGCCUGUGCGUGAGCGUGGAUAGCUUGGACGGGACCCAGGGCUCUGUGGUCAGCAGUGGAGCAGGUGACAUCACCCAAAAAGGAUAUGAAAAGAAAAGGGCAAAGCUGCUAGCACGUUACAUUCCACGUAUUCAAGGAGUAGAUCUGUCCCUGCAAGCCGAGAGCAGGACCACGGGCCCCUCACCGACUGCGGCGGCUGCUCCCAAACAACCCAAGUCACGCCCCACCAACUCGAGGGAUGAGCGCUUCCGCUCAGAUGUCCACACGGAAGCCGUGCAGGCAGCGCUGGCCAAGUACAAGGAGAGGAAGAUGCCCAUGCCCUCGAAACGGCGCUCCGCGCUCGUGCACUCGUCCGUGGACGCAUACACGCCCCCAGACACCUCGUCCGCCUCAGAAGACGAGGGCUCUUUGCGGCGACCCGGGAGACUCACCUCCACUCCGCUCCAGAGCCAUCCCAGCGUCGAGCCCUGGCUCGACCGGGUCAUUCAGGGCUCGUCCACCUCGUCCUCCGCAUCCUCCACCUCAUCUCACCCGGGAGGGAGACCCGCCGCCCUCACCGGCCUCGCGACCCACGCCCACAUAGACCUGCACCCUGCCCCUCCUGAUGUCACCACCGGCCUUGGGGAGCAUCCGCACUGUGAACGGCCCCAGGUGGCCUCCGUGAGAGGUGUGCCUCGAGGGUGCAGCAGGAGCAUCCUGGAAACAGCAGAUGGUGUCCCGGUGAGCAGCAGAGUGUCCUCCAAAAUCCAGCAGCUUCUAAACACCCUGAAGAGGCCCAAGCGCCCUCCACUGAAGGAGUUCUUUGUGGAUGAUUUUGAGGAAUUGUUGGAAGUUCAGCAGCCGGAUCCAAAUCAGCCGAAACCUGAGGGCAGUCAGAUGGUCAUGCUCAAAGGGGAGCCCCUGGCUGUGGGAACACCCUGGCCACCAUCACUGCUGGCCGCUUUGCAGCAGUGGGGCACAACUCAACCCAAAGCCCCCUGUCUGACUGCCUUGGAUACAACUGGGAAGGCCACAUACACUCUCACCUAUGGCAAACUUUGGAGUCGGAGUUUGAAACUAGCUUAUACUCUGCUUAAUAAACUGACUCAUAAGAAUGAACCACUACUUAAGCCUGGAGACAGAGUGGCGCUCGUGUUCCCGAACAGCGAUCCUGUGAUGUUCAUGGUUGCGUUUUAUGGGUGUCUCCUGGCAGAACUGAUUCCUGUUCCCAUAGAAGUGCCAUUAACAAGGAAGGACGCCGGCAGCCAGCAGGUGGGCUUUCUGCUGGGAAGCUGUGGGGUCGCCCUGGCCCUGACCACAGAGGCUUGUCAGAAAGGCCUUCCCAAAGCACAGACUGGAGAGGUGGUAACCUUCAAAGGUUGGCCUCCCCUCGCCUGGCUGGUGAUUGACGGGAAGCAUCUGGCAAAGCCCCCUAAGGACUGGCACCCACCCACUCAGGAUAUAGGGGAUGGGAUUGCCUACAUCGAGUAUAAAACCGGCAAAGAAGGCAGUACCGUGGGGAUCACAGUGUCCCAUGCAUCUCUGCUAGUGCAGUGCCGGGCUCUGACCCAGACGUGUGGGUACUCGGAAGCGGAAACAUUAACAAAUGUGCUGGAUUUUAAGAGGGAUGCUGGUCUGUGGCAUGGAGUGUUAACGAGUGUCAUGAACAGGAUGCACGUCAUCAGCAUCCCUUACGCCCUGAUGAAGGUCAACCCGCUCUCCUGGAUUCAGAAAGUGUGUGCUUACAAAGCCCGAGCAGCCCUGGUGAAGUCCCGAGACAUGCACUGGUCUCUCCUGGCCCAACGAGGUCAAAGAGACAUUAGCCUCAGUUCCCUGCGGAUGCUGAUCGUGGCAGACGGUGCCAACCCAUGGUCCAUCUCCUCCUGUGACGCCUUCCUCAACGUUUUCCAGUCCAGGGGCCUGCGGCCGGAGGUCAUCUGCCCUUGUGCCUGCUCCCCUGAGACACUCACGGUGGCUGUCCGAAGACCUCCUGAUCUGGGAGGACCCCCUCCCAGAAAAGCCAUCCUGUCAAUGAGUGGCCUCAGCUACGGUGUGAUCCGUGUGGACACCGAGGAGAAACUGGCUGUGCUGACCGUGCAGGAUGUUGGCCAGGUGAUGCCGGGAGCCAGCGUGUGUGUGGUGAAGGUUGAAGGGACCCCUUACCUCUGUAAGACGGACGAAGUCGGGGAGAUCUGUGUCCACUCCAGCGCCACAGGCACCGCGUACUACGGACUGCUUGGGAUCACAAAGAAUGUCUUUGAGACCACCCCGCUCACUGCAGGAGGAGCUCCUGCCUCGGACAGGCCGUUCACCAGGUCCGGCCUGCUGGGCUUCAUUGGGCCGGACAACCUGGUCUUCGUCGUGGGCAAGCUGGAUGGGCUGAUGGCAGUCGGCGGGCGCAGACACAGUGCAGACGACGUGGUGGCCACUGCUCUGGCCGUGGAGCCCAUGAAGUUUGUCUACAGAGGCAGGAUAGCCGUGUUCUCCGUGACGGUGCUGCACGACGACCGCAUUGUCCUGGUGGCCGAGCAGCGGCCCGAUGCCUCGGAGGAGGACAGCUUCCAGUGGAUGAGCCGUGUGCUGCAGGCCAUCGACAGCAUCCACCAGGUGGGCGUGUACUGCCUGGCCUUGGUUCCUGCGAACACCUUGCCCAAGGCUCCCCUUGGAGGAAUUCACAUUUCUGAAACCAAACAGCGCUUCCUGGAGGGGACUCUCCACCCCUGUAAUGUGCUGAUGUGCCCUCACACCUGUGUUACCAACCUUCCCAAACCACGUCAGAAGCAACCAGAAGUUGGUCCAGCCUCCAUGAUUGUAGGGAACCUGGUUGCUGGGAAGAGGCUGGCCCAAGCAUCUGGGCGGGAGCUUGCCCACCUGGAGGACAGUGACCAAGCAAAGAAGUUCCUGUUCCUGGCUGAUGUGUUGCAGUGGCGUGCCCAUACCACACCCGACCACCCACUCUUCCUGCUGCUGAAUGCCAAGGGCACCGUGACCAGCACUGCGACCUGUGUCCAGCUGCACAAGAAAGCUGAGCGCAUUGCAGCUGCCUUGAUGGAGAGGGGACGACUGAGUAUCGGAGACCACGUGGCCCUGGUCUAUCCCCCGGGGGUGGACCUCAUCGCCACCUUCUACGGCUGCCUGUACUGUGGCUGUGUGCCUGUGACCGUGCGGCCCCCGCACCCUCAGAACUUGACCACCACACUGCCUACUGUCAAGAUGAUCGUGGAGGUGUGGAUCUCAGCUCUGCUCCUCUCCUUGCCUCUGUGUUGUAUGUUGUCAGACCAUGCACCAUGUCCCACAUCCUGGUACUUCUGCCUGACAGAUGACAUCCCGAAAAAGAAAAUCGCCAGCAUCUUCAGGCCCCCGUCCCCAGACAUGCUCGCCUACCUGGACUUCAGUGUGUCCACCACGGGCAUCCUCGCAGGCGUGAAGAUGUCACACGCUGCCACCAGCGCCCUGUGUCGCUCCAUAAAGCUGCAGUGUGAGCUGUACCCCUCCCGCCAGAUUGCCAUCUGCCUCGAUCCCUACUGUGGCCUGGGCUUCGCCCUGUGGUGCCUGUGCAGCGUUUACUCGGGUCACCAGUCCGUCCUGGUGCCCCCGCUGGAGCUGGAGAGCAACGUGUCGCUGUGGUUGUCGGCCGUCAGCCAGUACAAGGCCCGGGUGACUUUCUGCUCCUACUCGGUGAUGGAGAUGUGCACCAAGGGCCUGGGCACACAGACGGGUGCACUCAGGAUGCGGGGCGUGAACCUGUCCUGCGUGCGCACCUGCAUGGUGGUGGCGGAGGAGCGGCCCCGUAUCAGCCUGACACAGUCCUUCUCCAAGCUGUUCAAAGACCUGGGCCUGUCGGCGCGCGCCGUGAGCACCACCUUCGGGUGCAGGGUCAACGUGGCCAUCUGCUUGCAGGGCACAGCCGGCCCGGAUCCAACAACAGUCUAUGUGGACAUGAGGGCACUGCGCCAUGACAGGGUGCGUUUGGUAGAACGGGGCUCUCCACACAGCCUGCCGUUGAUGGAGUCUGGAAAGAUUCUCCCAGGGGUGAAGGUCAUCAUUGCACACACCGAAACCAAAGGGCCCCUUGGAGAUUCACACCUGGGAGAGAUCUGGGUGAGCAGUCCCCACAACGCCACCGGGUACUACACCGUGUACGGGGAGGAGGCACUGCACGCUGACCACUUCAAUGCCCGGCUGAGCUUUGGAGACACACAGACCAUCUGGGCCAGGACUGGAUACCUCGGCUUUCUCCGGAGGACGGAGCUCACAGAUGCCAGCGGAGAGCGGCAUGAUGCCCUGUACGUCGUCGGGUCCCUGGACGAAACGCUUGAGCUGAGAGGCAUGCGGUACCACCCCAUCGACAUUGAGACCUCGGUGAUCCGGGCGCACAGGAGCAUUGCCGAGUGUGCCGUCUUCACGUGGACCAACCUGCUGGUGGUGGUGGUGGAGCUCGAGGGCCUGGAGCAGGAUGCACUGGACCUGGUGGCCCUGGUGACCAAUGUGGUGCUGGAGGAGCACUACCUGGUCGUUGGCGUGGUGGUCAUCGUGGACCCGGGAGUGAUCCCCAUCAACUCCCGGGGGGAGAAGCAGCGAAUGCACCUGAGGGACGGCUUCCUGGCCGACCAGCUGGACCCCAUCUAUGUCGCCUACAACAUGUGAACCCGCACACACUGAGAAUAGAGGACUAAGAGGAGAGGCUUACACCGCCGGAAUGCCGCCUUGGGGGCCUUGAGACCCGUCGGAAGUGAUGUAGCACGUGGACAUGCUGACAUGUCUCCAGCCACGAGUCUUCGGGGGGACUCCCAUCACUCCUCAGUGCUGUGACGCACCUGUGUGCGCAGGGCCCUAAGUCUCAGCUUGGCAGGCGUUCCCUGGAUUUAGUUAAAGACAUGUUUCGACUUUGCCAAGGACACUUACGAGUGGAUGUCUGUUUCCACAGGUGGGUGGCUGGCAAAGGAAGGGCCCAGCACGGGCACUGCGAGCAGCUGCAGGCGGGCGUGCGGCCGUUCUCUGCUGGAUGACGAUUUUGCACUUUCUCUCCCUAAAAAAUUGAACUCCUGAUUUUGAAAAUUCAAUGCUCUGUUCCCACACCAAAUGAGAAAUUCAGUGAUAGAACUUAUGCGGGGAAACUAAGGAACAAACUUUGCACAGGCCCUCCUCGUAGCUGCCUCACUGCUGUUUCAUGGGAAGGCAGGUGAGCCCAGAAAGGCUGAUGGGGAGGCGAGUGAUCCCUGGCUUUGUGGCACAGGCCACGGCUGCUCUGUGUCCUUCCUUUGCCGGUUUCUCUACUGAGACAGGUGUACCUGUCUGUCUGCGUAUAGUCACUCAUACGCGGCAGGUGCUAGGCUGGACUGUCGAGUUAGAUGGAUGUGCUGGUUCAGAACAAGAAGCCAGCAUCAAGUUUUAAACCACUCCCACAUUUCUAACUUCAUGCAGUUUAGUCCAGUUACUUGUUUUCAUAGCAUUACAGUAGUAACCUUCUUGUUACACCAGAGGUGUACAUGCCUCGGUUUUUUUCUGAGUCUGUGGGUUCUAAACACUAGUGGAAAAACCCAAGGUUCCCCGUUCUGAGCAGUUCUGCGUUGGGAACAUGCUGAAGUAACCGGCAAGGAGGAGUGGGGAGAGCUUGGUCUAACAUCGAAGGUGGUCUUGCUCCCACCCUUAUCGGCUGCCUUCACAUGUUGAGUUGAAUGCGUAUAAAAUUUGGCCGAACCAUACCCAGGUAUUUUAUUUCGACUUGACUGACCCAAGUGAUCUAAUAUUAUAGCGAACCUAAAUCAAAGAAGAGAAUGUAAAAACCUUUAGCUACUUUUAAGAAUUCGAAGUCAAGCACGAGUCUACGACAUAGAUUAUUUUUAUAUAGCGAGGAAAGAGUACAUUAUGAAAUUGUUGGGUUUUAUGGGGACUACGGGUGGGAAAACUUAGAAUCGUGCAUGUCUCACAGAAACAACCGGGCUCUUCCAGAAUUAGUCUGGAAUUAGCUUGGAUCAGUGCCUAACACAGCUGCGAUGAAUCCUGCCCCGUUGUAAAGUCUCUGCCAAAGGAGUCCUACUGAGUGGGCAAACUCUCACUCACAUCGUCCUCGGGCUUGGCUACAGAUAGCAUCGCACAUCGUAGCUCGUUUUCGCCUAUGGUGUUAGAAGCAGUGUAGGAUGUUGCCACAUACUGGAAUUCUAAUAAUUCUACUGUAAUUAUGUACAGAAUCUGUGUAACUUAUUGUUUGACAUACAGACAUUUUAGCCGUGGAUUAAUAAUGGACAUUCCUUGUGAUAGAAUGACCGGAAAGGUGCGAGAACUACCUAACCGCCGUGUUAAUGUUGUAGUUUCAUAGCAAUUAAAGUACUGUAAGGCUUUUGUAUUGAGAGAUCAGUGGCAGUAAGACAAGGUGUUCUUGUAAAUUAGGAUUUUAAUAAGUACGUUAAAAUGUGUAAAAUUUACUCUGGGAAUUCUGUAUAUCACACUAAAAUUUUUUAUAUCAUUAUGUUAAUAAAAAAAUGUUAUUGACUGUUUAUAAUUCUAUAUUUUGAAAUGUGUGAAAAGGUUUUUUAAAAUGCCCCCCAAUAGGAUGUAUAUUUUUUUCUGAAUAUAAAAAUAAUUAUGCUUAUCGCAUUAAAUCUAGAAAGCACAUUAUUAAAGUAUAAAGAAGAAAACUAAAAAAAUUCUAUAAUCCUACCUCUGGGCUAUAGCGGCAUUAGUAUUCAAUGUAAAUCCCUGAAUUAUGUUGAAUACUAUGAAAAUUUUAUUAUUAGAAUCAUAUACUUAUUUUAUAAUGUUUUGUACUUAAUAAAUUACAAACUUUUCAAUCUGUUACAUA